ACAGACAGGAGUAGAGGAACCUCAGCGUUAGCGUGGACAAAAGCACCGGACCGUUUAUAGCGGGGCACUCACGUAGCCUCCAUGACAGCUAACAGUUGACAACAGUAAGUUGAUGUUGGCCUCUCUGUCCACGAUGAUGUCACAUGGCUUUAAGAGCAGUAAGCAGGACUUCACCUUUGGACCAUGGAAGGUGACUGCAGCCAGAAACCACAUCAUGAAGUCCAAAGACAUUGAAGGGUUAGCGGGGGAGAUGAACAUGCCCUCCCUUCCAGAGAUGCUGUUUGGGGACAACAUCCUGCGCAUUCAACACAACGACGGCUACGGCAUCGAAUUCAACGCGAUCGAUGCCCUCCGGAGAGUCAACAACAUGGAGGACGCUGUGAAGGUGGCCUGUGCUCAGGAGUGGCAGGAGAGCAGGGCGGAUUCUGAACACUCCAAAGAGGUGGUGAGACCCUACGACUGGACCUACACCACAGACUACAGAGGCACUCUCAUAGGAGAGAAUAUGCAGAUGAAGGUAGUGAAGACGGAGGAGCGGAUCGACAUGGAGAAGCUGAAGGCUCGGGAACAGAUCAUGUUUUUUGACGAGGUGCUGCUGUUCGAGGACGAGCUGCACGACCACGGCGUCUCCAUGAUCAGCGGGAAAAUUGUGAGUAAUAGA